UAGGACCGGACCGGGUGGGAGAGUGGACGCCGGGGUGGAAGCCGAAGGGCUGGCAGCGGGAGGGGCGCAGACCCUGAGAGUUUGGUCAGUCGGUCGGCGUGUACCCUUUCCCACAGCACCUGAGGAGGCGGCGCUGGUGGUGCCACCGGACUGCCCUAGUUGAGGUGUGGGUUCUGCUGGGGUCUGCCUCGCGGUGGACGGCUCGCUGGAGCCGGGGGCUGUACUUCAGAGGAGUUUGGCUCCUAACUGCUCUCCGCGUCUCAGGUUCUGGUAUCUCCAUCAAGAGGGCACAGUGUGUGCCAGCUCUACAGAGAGAAAAGGUCUCCUGGAAGCACUGGGCAAUGAACCUGAGACGCCAGCCCAGAGUGGUCUGAAGCCAUUGCGGAAAACAGAGGGAGUCCUGGGGAAGAUGGCCAUGGCCCCAAGCCCUUCCUUGGCUCAGGUGUACACCAGCCCAGUGGCAGUGGCCGUGUGGGAAUGGCAGGAUGGGCUGGGCACCUGGCACCCCUACAGUGCCACCGUCUGCAACUACAUCGAGCAGCAGUUUGUGCAGCAGAAGGGCCAGCGCUUCGGCCUGGGGAGCCUGGCCCACAGCAUCCCCUUAGGCCAGGCUGACCCCUCGCUGGCUCCUUACAUCAUCGACCUCCCCAGCUGGACGCAGUUCCGCCAGGACACUGGCACCAUGCGGGCCGUGCGGAGACACCUGUUCCCCCAGCACUCGGCCCCAGGCCGGGGCAUCGUCUGGGAGUGGCUGAGUGACGACGGCUCCUGGACGGCGUAUGAAGCCAGCGUCUGCGAUUACCUGGAGCAGCAGGCGGCCAGGGGCAACCAGCUUGUAGACUUGGCUCCCUUGGGGUACAACUAUACCGUCAACUACACCACCCACACGCAGACCAAUAAGACUUCCAGCUUCUGCCGGAGCGUGCGGCGCCAGGCGGGGCCCCCGUACCCAGCAACCACCAUCAUUGCUCCACCGGGCCACAUGGCGGUGGCCUGCUCUUGCCAUCAGUGCCUCAGCGGUGGUGCAACUGGCCCCGUGUCAGGCCGCUACCGCCACUCUAUGACCAACCUCCCCGCCUACCCUGUCCCCCAGCCCCCCCACAGGACCGCUGUUUUGGGGGCCCACCAGGCCUUUGCCCCAUACAACAAGCCCUCACUCUCUGGGGCCAGAUCUGCGCCCAGGCUGAACACCACCAACCCCUGGGCUGGGGUGCCCCCUGCCCUGGGGAACCAGCCCCUCUACCGCUGCAGCCUCUCCCACCUGGGACUGCAGCACCAGCUCCCAGGACUGUCUGCUGCCGGUGCAGCCAGUGCCUCCCUGCCCAGCGGUCCAGCGAGCAGCCCCGGGAGUGUCCCCGUCACGGUACCCGUGCAGAUGCCGAAGCCCAGCAGGGUCCAGCAAGCCCUCGCAGGCAUGACGAGUAUUCUGAUGUCAGCCAUUGGACUCCCUGUGUGUCUUAGCCGCGCACCCCAGCCCGCCAGCCCUCCCGCCUCCUGUCUGGCCUCUAAAAGUCACAGCUCAGUUAAGAGAUUGAGGAAAAUGUCCAUGAAAGGAGGGCCUCCAAAGCCAGAGCCAGAGCAGGUGAUAAAAAACUACACUGAAGAGCUGAAGACGGCCCCGGAUGAGGACUGCAUCAUCUGUAUGGAGAAGCUGUCCAUGGCGUCAGGCUACAGCGACAUGACUGACAGCAAGACCAUUGGGCCAAUGGCCGUGGGCCGCUUGGCCAAGUGCAGCCACGCCUUCCACCUGCUCUGUCUGCUAGCCAUGUACUGCAAUGGGAACAAGGACGGAAGCUUGCAGUGUCCUUCCUGCAAAACCAUCUAUGGGGAGAAAACUGGGACCCAGCCCCGGGGGAAGAUGGAGGUGUUCACGUUCCAGGUGUCCCUCCCCGGCCACGAGGACUGCGGGACGAUCCUCAUAGUCUACAACAUUCCCCACGGCAUUCAGGGCCCGGAACACCCCAACCCUGGGAAGCCGUUCACUGCCAGAGGGUUUCCCCGCCAGUGCUACCUUCCGGACAAUGCCCAGGGCCGCAAGGUCCUGGAGCUGCUGAAGGUGGCCUGGAAGAGGCGACUUAUCUUCACAGUCGGGACGUCCAGCACUACGGGCGAAAGCGACACUGUGGUGUGGAACGAGAUUCACCACAAGACAGAGAUGGACCGCAACGUGACAGGCCACGGCUACCCUGACCCCAACUACCUGCAGAAUGUGCUGGCCGAGCUGGCCGCCCAGGGGGUGACCGAGGACUGCCUGGAGCAGCAGUGACCUGCCCACGGCCUGGCUGGCCCGUCUCCGCCCCCCGCGUGGAGCUGCCCGCGGGGUGGGCAGGCGGGAAGGUGCCUUUCCUCAGGGGCCGGGAUGUUGGCUGGGGACGUAGGCGUACUCCACCUGGAGCCUGGGCUUCUCCUGCCUGCCUGCUCCCUUCCCUGUGCCCACCAGGCCUGGGUCUGUGUGGGAGUUGGGCGAGCCUGGGGGUCGCACCUGUGGGGGCUCUGGCUGCAGCUACCUCAGUGCGUGGGCCCCUCUGUCCUCGCGGGCUGUGUUGGGCUCUCAGUGCCGGAGGCCCCACGGUGGGUAAGGAGAGACUGCCUGCUGCGCCCCCAGCCAGGGGCAGGCCUGGGUCUGGGUCAGCUUCUCUUACCUCAGAUGUUCUGUUUGCAAUAAAUACCCUGUAGCCAAA